GAGAGACCCCGCUCCUCCUUAUAUCCCUUGGUCCACGGGCUAGAGUUUCAGUGACAGUUGAGCCGUUGUUCUGCUCGCCUCGCUCGACGCGGAACGAGUCCACCCCCCAGCUCCAGACCAACGAUCGCGGUGCCAGGACCGUCAGCCUUCCGUCCGUCGUGAAUCCGAGAAGGUCAACGACACCAUCCUAACCACCGACUAAAAGGUUCUGCAUUAAGAGAGCAUCGUUUCACCGGUUAAUCGGUUCGGUCCAGCGGUGUUCGUCCCCUUGUGCAUUCCAUCAGUUGAGGCAACAUCUCCUCUCGGUUUCGGGACCGGGGAAUGGACAGCUGAUCUCAGAGCUCUGUGAUUGGCUGCCGCGGCUGCCGCUGCUGCUGCUGCUGCUGCUGUCAUGGCGAAGAGCCCAGAAGUCAAGCUGGCCGUGUUCGGCCGAGCGGGCGUCGGCAAGUCAGCUCUGGUGGUGAGAUUCCUGACCAGACGCUUCAUCUGGGAGUACGAUCCCACACUCGAAUCGACCUAUCGCCAUCAAGCCAAUGUUGACGACGAGGUUGUAGCCAUGGAGAUCCUGGACACUGCGGGACAGGAGGACCUCCAGCAGAGGGAGAGCCACAUGCGCUGGGGCGACGGCUUCAUCAUCGUCUACGACAUCACCGACCGGGGCAGCUUCGAGGACGUGGCGCCGCUCAGAAGCCUGCUGGAGGACGUCAAGAAGCCCAAGAACGUCCCGCUGGUGCUGGUGGGCAACAAGUGCGACCUGGACCACGCCCGGCAGGUGGGCACGGAGGAGGGCGAGCGGCUGGCCGCCGAGAUGGCGUGCGCCUUCUACGAGUGCUCGGCGUGCGCCGACGAGGGCGGCGCCGUGGCCGAGGCGUUCCACGAGGUGUGCCGCGAGGUGAGGCGACGCAAGGCCGUGCAGGGCAAGGCGCGCCGCCGCAGCUCCACCACGCACGUCAAGCAGGCCAUCAACAAGAUGCUGACCAAGAUCAGCAGCUAGGGACCGCCCCCACUCCCCCCCUCCCGGGGCACGACGCGGCGCAGAACCGCCGCCACAGCCGUCAUGAUGGAAAACUAACGCCAAAUACCAGAGAGAGAGAUGUGCGUUUUGUCGGAACCCCGACGUGGACUAUAUAUAGUUUGGCCGUGGAAGGGGUGACCGAUUAUUUCUUAAACAAACAAAGAGUCACAAGCACACACUAUCUGAACUGCCCUUCACUAUCAGCGCAUUCAACACAGCGAGAGAAACUACAAUAAAGAAUAAAAACAAAUACAGGUACUUUGUUACAGUAGCCCUCAGGGAUUAGUACUAGCUGCAGUUAGCCCAGUUGUCUGUGCCAAGCGCGCAAAAGUUUCAUCAUAAGUUCCCGAUUGAACCCCAUACAAAUCAGCCCGUCGUCUGAUCCGCAGACUACAUUUGAUUGAGUCCAUCUGGGACCAUACAGCAUGCAAUGAAGACUUUCGUCGAAAUUGGUGAAUUGAUAACAUGCACGUUAUUCUUUGUAGCUUUUUUGUUUGAUUUGGAAGGCUUUACAACGUUAUGGGCUGCCUUAGGUGUGACUUGUUUAAACUACAUUUCCCAGAAUCCUGACCAUAGCACCGCUGUAGAUACGCAGUGUUAUGAGUACUACCAUUUGGCAUCAAGACCUCUAUUUCACCCUGUACAUCCACUCCGUACACCAACCAACACCAACUCCAUACAUUGCAUUGACACAACAUCCAUCUACUGGUCUAUUCCUUUUGCACUUUAAAAAUUGGGGGGAGGGAGGGAGCAAGGGAGAGAGAGAGAGAGAGAG